UGCAGCGGCGGCAGAGGAAGAAGAGGAGGAGGAGGAGGAGGAGGAGGACGCGUCUCCUUUAAGAGCCGCGGGUCUAUGGAAAUGAGCCUGCCGCAGCGGAGCCGAACCAGGCUUGCUUGGCAGGCGGCGGGCUGCGGCGGGGACGGGGAGCGGAGGAGGCAGAGAUAAGCGAUCGGAGGAGGACGAGGACGAGGAGGGGGCCGCAUCGCCGCACUCCCGGCUUGGCAUGAAGCGCGGCCGCUGACCGACGGACGAACAGACUGCGGGCGGCGGCGGGAGAUGGGCGGCGGCUGGUGCGGCUGCGCCCCGGGCCGGGCCGUGCUGCUCUUGCUGGCGCUGGGCAUCCCCGCCUGCCCCCGAGGCCAGAGCCCCCCGCCGCCCUGCGCCGCCCGGAGCCCCGCCGAGCCUCCUACCGCAUUCCCCGCCUCGCCGCCGCCGCCGCCUUCAGCGUGGCUCUGCCGCUCACCUGGAGCCACGCGCGGCCUCUGGGCGCACCUGCCGGGACCCGGUGGGCAGGACGGGGCGCCCUCGCUGCUCAGCCGCUUGGUCCUCUCCCACCGGGAGCCCGGCGGGAGGUUGCGGCGGGGAAAGACCCGAGGGCUGUGCUUGGAGCCCGCCGCCCGCGUGCCUUUGCCGCCCGAGGCCUGGUGGGGAGGAGGAGGAGGAGGAAGCCCCUUGAAGUGCCGCCUGCGAGGGGUCCAGGGGCCCCCCCUCCAGCCCGGAGAGGCCGUCCUUCCGCCCUGGGCGCUGUGCCUCCGGGCAGGGCGCCCCACGCGUUUGGGCCUCCUUUGCCGCCAAGAGGAGGAGGCCGAGGAGACCUUUGUCCGUUGGGACUUGGGCCUGGCCGCUUCCCUCCGUGAAGUGCACCAAGAGCGUGGCCCCCAAUUGCCGGGAGACCGCCUGCGGAAGAAGCGCAAUGCCAACGCCAGCCCCCAGUUCCAGGCGCCCACCUACCAGGUCUCGGUGCCGGAGAACCGCCCGGCUGGCACGCCGGUGAUCGUGCUGAAGGCGGUAGACCCAGACGAGGGCGAGUGGGGCCGCCUGGACUACUCCAUGGAUGCCCUCUUCGACAGCCGCUCCAACAGCUUCUUUGCCAUCGACCCCCGCAGUGGCGCGGUCACCACGGCCGAGGAGCUGGACCGGGAGACCAAGAGCAGCCACGUCUUCCGGGUGACAGCGACGGACCACGGCGUGCCGCGCCGCACGGCCAUGGCCACACUCUCCGUCACCGUCGCUGACACCAACGACCAUGACCCUGUCUUCGAGCAGCAGGAGUACAAAGAGAGCAUGCGGGAGAACCUGGAGGUGGGCUACGAGGUGCUGACGGUGCGAGCCACUGAUGGGGACGCCAGCCCGAAUGCCAACAUUCUCUACCACCUCCUGAACGGCCGUGGGGUCAACAAGAUCUUUGAGAUCGACCCCAAGUCAGGCGUCAUCCGCACCAAUGGCCUCGUGGACCGAGAAGCGGUGGAGUCCUACCAGCUCAUUGUAGAAGCCAAUGACCAGGGCAGGGACCCCGGGCCGCGCAGCACCACUGCCACCAUCCAUAUCACGGUGGAGGACGACAAUGACAAUUCGCCGCAGUUCAGUGAGAAACGCUACGUGGUGCAGGUGCCCGAGAAUGUGGCUUCCAACACCCACGUCCUGCGGGUCAAUGCGACAGACCGGGACAAAGGCAGCAAUGCCCUGGUGCAUUACAGCAUCAUGAGCGGCAACACCCGGGGGCAGUUUUACAUUGAUGCCCAGACGGGGAACAUUGAUGUUGUCAGCCAACUGGACUAUGAGAUGAAUAAGGAGUACUCCUUGCGCAUUCGGGCCCAGGAUGGAGGAAGACCUCCGCUUUCAAAUAUCAGUGGAUUGGUGGCUAUCCAGGUCCUGGAUGUGAAUGACAACAGCCCAAUCUUUGUCAGCACCCCUUUCCAGUCCACGGUGCUGGAGAACGUGCCCGUGGGCUACUCUGUCAUCCACAUCCAAGCCAUUGAUGCAGAUUCAGGAGAAAAUGCUCGUCUGGAGUAUGCUCUGGUGGACAUUAGCUCUGAUUUCCCAUUUUCUAUCAAUAACAACACAGGCUGGAUUUUGGUGGCCUCUGAGUUGGACCGUGAGAAUGUGGACUUCUAUAAUUUUGGGGUGGAGGCCCGAGACCAUGGAAAUCCCCCCAUGACCUCUUCAGCCAGUGUCAGUAUUACCAUUCUGGAUGUCAACGACAACAAUCCAGAGUUCACUCAAAAGGAAUACAGCAUGCGUCUCAAUGAAGAUGCUGCUGUGGGCACCAGUGUCCUUACGGUCUCUGCCAUUGACCGGGAUGUCAACAGUGUCAUCACCUACCAGAUCACCAAUGGGAAUACCCGCAAUCGCUUCUCCAUAACCAGUCAGAGUGGUGGUGGUCUCAUUACCUUGGCCCUUCCCUUGGAUUACAAAUUAGAGCGCCAUUAUCUGCUUACGAUUACGGCUUCAGAUGGCACUCGGCUUGAUACUGCUCAGGUCUUUGUUAACGUGACUGAUGCCAACACCCACCGGCCAGUGUUCCAGAGCUCUCAUUACACUGUUAACAUCAAUGAGGACAGGCCAGUGGGUACCACAGUAGUGAUCAUUAGUGCUACUGAUGAAGACACAGGGGAGAAUGCCCGUAUCACUUACUUCAUGGAGGACAGCAUUCCUCAGUUCAAGAUUGAUAUGGACACUGGUGCUGUUACCACCCAGAUGGAUUUGGACUAUGAAGAUCAGGUGUCUUACACAUUGGCAAUUACUGCCCGGGACAAUGGCAUCCCACAAAAAUCAGACACCACCUACUUAGAAAUACUAGUCAAUGAUGUAAAUGACAAUGCACCUCAGUUCUUAAGAGAUAACUACCAAGGUUCUGUAUAUGAGGAUGUCCCAGCCUUCACUAGUGUUCUGCAGGUUUCUGCCACAGAUAGAGAUUCUGGGCUGAAUGGAAGGGUGUUCUACACCUUUCAGGGUGGGGAUGAUGGUGAUGGAGACUUUAUAAUUGAAUCCACCUCUGGCAUUGUUAGGACUUUGCGUAGGUUGGACAGGGAAAAUGUUCCUUUAUAUGAACUCAGGGCAUAUGCAGUGGAUAAGGGUGUACCGGCCAUGAGGACACCUAUUGAAGUCCAUAUUACUGUUCUUGAUGUCAAUGAUAAUCCUCCAGUCUUUGAACAGGAUGAGUUUGAUAUCUUUGUUGAGGAGAACAGCCCAAUUGGAUUAGUGGUGGCCCGGAUCACUGCCAGUGAUCCGGAUGAAGGCACCAAUGCUCAGAUCAUGUACCAGAUAGUGGAAGGUAAUAUCCCUGAGGUCUUCCAACUUGAUAUCUUCUCAGGAGAACUGACGGCAUUGAUGGAUUUGGAUUAUGAGACCAAGUCUGAGUAUGUCAUUGUGGUCCAAGCUACUUCUGCUCCGUUGGUAAGCCGGGCUACGGUGCAUGUCCGUUUGCGGGAUAAAAAUGACAACAUUCCCAUCUUGAAAAAUUUUGAGAUCAUCUUCAACAACUACAUCACAAACAGGUCCAGCAGUUUCCCCACUGGUGUGAUUGGCAGGAUCCCAGCCUCUGACCCUGAUGUCUCUGAUACACUUUCCUAUAGUUUUGAGCAAGGCAAUGAGCUAAAGCUGGUGCUUCUGAACCACAGCACCGGAGAGCUACGCCUGAGCAGGGCCUUGGAUAACAACAGGCCUUUGGAGGCAGUCAUGAGAGUUUCUGUGUCAGAUGGGAUCCACAGUGUGGCUGCGCAGUGCAUGCUCCAGGUGACCAUCAUCACAGAUGAGAUGUUGACCAACAGUAUCACCCUGCGCCUAGAGAACAUGUCUCAGGAGCGUUUCCUUUCCCCACUGCUGGCCCUCUUCCUUGAAGGAGUGGCAAUGGUGCUGUCUGUUCCUCGUGAACAUGUUGUCCUUUUCAACAUUCAGAAUGACUCUGAUGUGCAGGCUGCCCACAUCCUCAAUGUCAGCCUGUCAGUCUUGUUGCCAGAUGGGGCCUAUGGUGGACACUAUAUUCCUUCAGAAGACCUUCAGGAAAGGCUGUACCUCAACCGCACACUCUUGGCUGCCAUUUCGGAGCAGCGGGUUCUGCCCUUUGAUGACAACAUUUGUUUGCGGGAGCCUUGUGAGAAUUACAUGCGCUGCGUCUCAGUGCUGAAGUUUGACAGCUCUGCACCUUUCAUUGCCUCUAAAACAAUUCUUUUCCGUCCUAUACACCCUGUCAAUGGUCUGCGUUGCCGCUGCCCACUAGGUUUCACUGGGGAUUACUGUGAAACUGAGAUUGACCUCUGUUAUUCUAACCCCUGUGGCAACAAUGGAUACUGCCGAAGCCGUGAAGGAGGAUACACCUGCGAGUGUCAAGAGGGCUACACAGGGGAGAACUGUGAAGUCAACUCUCGCUUGGGCCGCUGCACUCCGGGAGUCUGCAGAAAUGGCGGCACAUGUGUCAACCUUCUGGUGGGCGGGUUCAAGUGUGAUUGCCUGUCAGGAGACUACGAGAAGCCCUACUGUCAGAUGAGUACCCGCAGCUUCCCAGCUCAUUCCUUCCUCACCUUUAAGGGGUUGCGCCAGCGCUUCCAUUUCACCAUUGCCCUCACGUUUGCCACCAAAGAACGGGAUGGGCUUCUUCUCUACAAUGGGCGCUUCAAUGAGCGGCAUGAUUUUGUGGCACUGGAGAUUGUGCAGGAGCAAGUCCAGCUUACUUUCUCUGCAGGAGAGUCAACGAGUACAGUAGCUCCAUUCAUCCCAGGGGGUGUGAGCGAUGGGCAAUGGCAUACGGUCCACCUGCAUUAUUAUAACAAGCCUCUGAUGGGGAUGUCUGGAAUUCCACAAGGGCCCUCUGAACAGAAAGUAGCUGUUGUGACGGUGGACGACUGUGACACAUCAGUGGCCUUGAAAUUUGGUUCUCUCCUAGGAAACUAUUCUUGUUCAGCUCAAGGAAUGCAGUCAGGCACCAAGAAGUCUCUGGAUCUGACUGGUCCACUGUUGCUAGGAGGAGUUCCUGACCUGCCCGAGAGCUUCCCAGUGCGGAACAGGCAUUUUGUAGGCUGUAUACGGGACUUCUUGAUUGACAAUCGAGAGGUGGACAUGGCUGACUUCAUUGCCAACAAUGGGACUGUGCCUGGCUGUACAGCCAAGAAGAAUGUUUGUGACAGCAACACAUGCCACAAUGGUGGCACCUGUGUCAACCAAUGGAACACCUUCAGUUGUGAAUGUCCCCUGGGAUUUGGAGGCAAAGACUGCAAGCAAGAAAUGGCAAGUCCACAGCGUUUCCUGGGCAACAGCAUGGUAACCUGGAGUAACCUGGCAUUGGUCAUUACACUUCCAUGGCAUGUUGGGCUCAUGUUCCGCACAAGGCAGAGCAAUGGCAUCCUCCUGCAUGCUGCAGCUGGUCAACAUUCUAGCAUCACUCUUGGGUUAAGUGAAGGGCAUGUGCUGAUGACUGUGUACCGUGCCAACAGCCAGGUCUCAGCACUCCGGUUGUAUCAGGUGAAGGUGAAUGAUGGUGACUGGCACCACCUGAAGUUGGAGUUGCACAGCAACAAGGACUACUUGGACGCUCAGUGCUUAGCCUUAAUGGCUUUUGACUAUGGUCUGCAUCAGGUGAUGGCGAACAUCAGCAGUGAGCUCCAUGGCCUGAAAGUGCGGAACCUAAGCAUUGGUGCUGUGCUAGGAGAACAGGGUCAGGUGCAGCAAGGCUUCCGUGGUUGCAUGCAGGGUGUAAGGAUGGGUGAGACGUCGGCCAGUGCUGUGGCUCUGAAUGUAAACCAGGCUGAGAAAGUGAAUGUAGAGCAUGGCUGCAGUAUCCCUGACCCUUGUGACUCCAAUCCCUGCCCUGUCAACAGUUACUGCAAUGACGACUGGGAUAGCUACUCUUGCAGUUGUGACCCAGGUUAUUAUGGAGACAACUGUGCCAAUGUGUGCUCCCUUAAUCCUUGUGAACAUCAAGCUGUGUGUGCCCGCAAGCCCAGUUCAUCUCAUGGCUACACUUGUGAAUGUCCGGAGAACUACUUUGGGCCUUACUGUGAGAACAAGCUUGCUCAACCCUGCCCACGCGGAUGGUGGGGGCACCCUAUUUGUGGACCCUGCAAUUGUGAUGUCAGCAAAGGCUUUGACCCUGACUGCAACAAAACAAAUGGAGAAUGUCACUGCAAGGACAACCACUAUCGACCAUUGGGCAGUGCCAUGUGUUUGCUCUGUGACUGUUAUCCCACAGGCUCACUGUCCCGUACUUGUGAAUCUGAGACCGGACUGUGUUCCUGCAAGCCUGGUGUCAUUGGACGCCGCUGUGAUCGCUGUGACAACCCUUUUGCAGAAGUCACCGUUAAUGGCUGUGAAGUGAAUUAUGAUAGCUGUCCACGUGCUAUUGAAGCUAAUAUUUGGUGGCCACGCACCCGCUUUGGCUUGCCUGCAGCUGCGUCUUGUCCAAGGGGAUCUGUUGGUACUGCUGUAAGGCACUGUGAUGAACACAAGGGCUGGAUGGCACCCAACCUGUUCAACUGCACCUCUCUGACUUUUGCUCCUCUCAAAGGCUUUGCAGAGAAGCUGUUGCGGAAUGAAUCUAUUCUGGAUACAGAACAGUCUCAGCGAGUGGCUCUCCAGCUUCGCAAUGCCACACAGAACACAGCCAGAUUCUUUGGUAGUGACAUCAAGGUGGCUUAUCUGCUCUCAGCACAACUCCUCAAACACGAGAGCACCCAAGAAGGCUUUGGCUUGGCAGCUACGCAGGACGUGCACUUCACUGAGAAUCUACUCAAAGUUGGCAGUGCCCUUUUGGACAACAGCAACAAGCGUCACUGGGAACUGAUUCAGCAGUCAGAGGGUGGCACGGCACAGCUGCUAAAGCACUUUGAGGACUAUGCCAGCACUCUGGCCCAGAACAUGCGCAAGACAUACUUGAACCCCUUCACCAUCAUUACACCCAAUAUUGUUAUUUCUGUUGUGAGACUGGAGAAGAUGAACUUUGCUGGUGCAAAGCUACCUCACUAUGAAGCACUCCGGGGCGAGAAGCCUGCAGACCUGGAAACUACAGUUAUCUUGCCUGAAAGUGUCUUCAAGGCUUCAGAAGGCAAAUACUCUUCUGUGCCCAACGCCAAGCACCUUCCUGGCUCUAGUGACGAAGACGAACCUGCCCUGAUGACAAGACAGAAGAGGCAUCCAGAUCUGAGUGAGGGCCAGGCCAUUGCCAGUGUGAUCAUCUACCGCACUCUGGCAGGUCUGCUUCCAGAGCAGUAUGACACAGAUAAGCGAAGCCUGAGAGUCCCUAAGCGUCCCAUCAUAAACACCCCAGUGGUGAGCAUCAACAUUCAUGACAAUGAUGCAUUGAUGCAACGAGCCCUCGAGAAACCCAUUACGGUGCAGUUUCGGCUGUUGGAAACUGAAGAGCGCACCAAGCCUAUCUGUGUUUUCUGGAACCACUCCAUUCUCUUAAGUGGGACUGGUGGCUGGUCAGCUAAAGGCUGUGAGGUUGUCUUCAGGAAUGAGACCCACGUCAGCUGCCAAUGUAACCAUAUGACCAGCUUUGCUGUGCUGAUGGACAUUUCUCGCAGAGAGAAUGGUGAGAUCUUGCCCUUGAAGACCAUCACAUAUGCCUCCAUUGCUGUGACCUUGGGUAGCCUUCUGCUCACUUUCCUCUUCCUGGCUGGCUUAAGAGUCCUGCGAUCCAAUCAACAAAGCAUCUGCAAGAAUCUUGUGGUUUCACUGUUUCUCUCUGAACUUGUCUUUCUGCUGGGCAUCAACCAGGCUGACCUUCCGUUUGCCUGCACUGUGAUUGCCAUCUUGCUGCACUUUCUCUAUAUGUGUACCUUUGCCUGGGCACUGCUAGAAGCACUGCAUAUCUACCGCAUGCUGAGUGAGGUGCGUGACAUCAACUAUGGACCCAUGCGAUUCUACUACAUGGUUGGCUGGGGUGUGCCAGCAUUCAUCACAGGACUUGCUGUGGGCCUGGAUCCAGAAGGCUAUGGGAACCCAGACUUCUGUUGGCUGUCGAUCUAUGAUACUCUGAUCUGGAGCUUCGCUGGACCCAUUGCUUUUGCUGUUGCAAUGAGUGUCUUCCUCUAUGUUCUUGCCACUAAGGCCACUUGUGCUGCUCAGCAACAGGGGUUUGAGAAGAAAGGAACAGUUUCCGGCCUCCGCUCAGGUUUCGUCUCCCUGUUGCUGAUCAGUGUCACUUGGUUGCUGGCCCUGCUAUCCGUCAACAGUGAUGCCAUUCUCUUUCACUACCUCUUUGCUGGCUUCAACUGUCUCCAGGGCCCUUUAAUUUUCCUCCUCUGUGUCAUCCUAUGCAAAGAAGUUAGAAAGGCUCUCAAAUCCAGUUGUGGCAAGAAGCAUGGCACAGACCCCACACUCACCACCAAAUCUACCUUGACAGCUGCUUAUAACUGCAACAACACCUAUGUGGAUGGGCAGCUCUACCACACACCCUUUGGAGACUCCACUGGCUCCUUGCACAGCACUGUCCGCUCAGGCAAGAGCCAACACAGCUACAUCCCUUUUGUGCUCAGGGAAGAGUCUGGCUUAAACAACAGCCAGGUGCACCUUGGGCCUGCAGAUCCCAGCUCACUCUUUCUGGAAGCCAAGGAUCAAAACAAUGAGCGUGAUACUGACUCUGACAGUGACCUCUCCCUGGAGGAUGACCAGAGUGGAUCCUACGCCUCCACCCACUCCUCAGAUAGUGAAGAGGAUGAGGAAUUUCCCAGAGAACCCUGCUGGGAGAACUUGCUGUGCCCUAACAAUGACAAACUGGUGGCACACAGCACUCCAAAGGUGGAUAACCUCCCUGGUCCUGGAAAACCUUACUGGCCGGGUGACUUUGUGACCACUGCAAGCGAGAGUGAUGGCCAUGCUGGCUCGGAGAAGCUACGUGUGGAGCCAGUUGGCAAGAUUGACCGGAUGGGAUUAGCAGAAGAGAUACCUCGGGAGAAUGGGGAAACACAGACCAGAGAGGGCAUAAUGGGCUCACUGCCUCAUUCCACUGCCCAGCCCUAUAAAGGUAUCCUAAAGAAGAAGUGCUUACCCCCCAUCAGUGAGAAGAACAGCAUCCAGCGCAUCCACAACAAACUCGCCAGCUGUCGCUCAGGAAUGGUGUCAUCCCAUGGCUCUUCAGGCAGUGAUGGCAGCCGUGGGGGCGGGGCACCCCGACCUCGCCAGACGUUACAGGAGCAGCUUAAUGGCUUGACACCCAUCACUAUGAGCAUAAAGACUGGCACAGUGGAUGAGGACUCUUCAGGCUCCGAAUUUCUGUUUUUUAAUUUUCUCCAUUAACACAUGAGCCCCAGGGGGGUGCUUUGCUCAGACCUGCUCAUGACCAUGCUCAUGUGUUUGUUUCCCCCCGUCCCGUCUCGCUUUGUGUUUGAUCACUGAGCAGGAGCGAUGAAACCUCAAUCUGAUGCCGCACACACCAGACUCUUUUUCUCUUGUGCUUUGGCCAGUCCGGGAGCCCAGGAUUGCUCUCAAACCGCAGCGAGGAAUGUUGUCUCCUUCAGCACAGCCCAAGGAGCUGGAUCCACCAUAUGUAGUGCCAAAUGAAAACCGACCUGCUGUCACCCCUGCACCAGGGGAAUGGCAGGUCCCAGGAGGCGGAACUUCUUGAACAGAUGCACUUUGGAUCAUUGUCAAAGGGACAGGAACAGAAACACAAACUUGACCACCUCCAAGUCUUCAGGGAUUUUCUUGCUUUGUUGCCCAGUCUGGAACUGCUAAGUGGCUGGAAUAUAUAUUUUUGUCCUUAUCUAUCAAAGCUGGACUGGGGGAGGCUCAGCAACAACCACAUGUCGACGCCUCCAAAUAUGCAUUAUUGUGCAGAUGUUUGCAUAUUUGACAAUGGGGCUGAGUAGGAGGGGGUCAGUGCACAUGGAGCAGGGCUGCCAUUAGGAAGUGGGUGACACUGAGAACUGUAGAUUCUAGGAUAGGGAAACAAAUCUGGAAUGGGUGUUUCUGGAGGGUAUUAAUUAAUCUUGGUUACUCCUACAACCAGAAGAUUGCAACAUUGAAUUAUGGCCAAGAGUGUCAUGGCUGUGCAGGAGAGCUGCAUGAGAUCUGUGCUAAGCUCUGUCUAAUCAGGCCUACUUUCCUCCCCUUUGUGUAUACAUUCUUAGGAGACAGCCUUUGCUUCCCUCUGCAAUGUGUAUGUAUCAUAAGUGUGCUUUUCUCUAAUCCAUAAGCACUGGUUUAAACACAUCUUCCAGUGUGCAAUUGAAGCUUGCUUAAACCCUGGGUAGGCCACUCUCUAGUAGUUUAACCCAUAGAAAAGAUAGUAAUUGACAUCCUGGCUUUGUUAUUGCAAGAAUGGGGAAGGAAAUUAUCAUCCAAACAGCCUUUUCUAGACCCUGUGCCAAUACUCCGUUGGUAAUUGCACUCCAGGAACCAGAAUCAUCUAUGUUUCCCCCUUUAAUUUUGUUGUUAAAUGAAAUGGUAGGAUUCUUACAAAAACCCAGGACCAUUUCCCCAGGAUGUCAGUCACCAUUGAUCGUGGACUGUACUGAUGUGCACCAUCUGUGGAUUGUGUCCCUUGUCUGCCAUGUUGCUUGCUCCAGCCUCACUGCUUCAGGUUGCCCAGUGGAACUAAGGGGGUAGGACCCAAUCUAAGUCACUGGCACCCAAGGGAAAUGCUUCCUUUUCAGUCCGAGAUCAAUGACAAACCACUCAAUUGUGACCACUACUCCUCCAAGCUCGGAUUGCCGAUCCAGUGACUUGGCCCCAUCGGGAUUGCACCAAGAGGCAGCCCACAGCUGCUGAGCACCGCAGAUUAUGCCUGCUGAGCUGUCAGUCCGUGCUGCAGUAUUUUAAUAAAAAAUGACAAAAAGAAAAAGUCCCACCUCCCGCUCCUCACAGCCAGCCAGCACCUGGUCCAUAUGCCACUGGCCUGGAGCAGGGAUGCUGCCUUGACGUCUCCCGAUAGCACCUGGCUCUCAUGCCAAAAGGGUGCUGCCUUUCUGCCUCAGAAGCCUUCAUUUUUCUACACUCAGCCAAGCCUGAUGCCUGCUCAUAUUGGGGAUUUUCAUGCUGGGUCCUUUUGGAAAGUACUUUUUUAUAAUGUUCCUUGGGAAAGAGAUUUUUUUUUUCUUCUGAUAAUGGAGUAGGGGAAGAGGGGGGCGGCUUGGGGAGGGGUGAAGGCACUGUUUAUUUUGGUGUGUUUUUUUUUUUUUAAAAAACUUGACCACUGCUGAAGGAUGUUCUAAUUUAAAGAGAUGAAACACCCCUCUGGGUUACAUCUUUAGCUUUGUAGCAAUGUUGAAGUCUCUUUAGCUGGGGCGCAAAUGGAAUGCGCUUUACUGACCUAGACAAGGUUUGCACAACGAGGAGUUAAAUUGGGACUUGACCAUUGUCUUAGUCUAGCUAAUCAAAGGAUGCUGAUCGUUGCCUCUGGAAUCUUGGCCAUUGCCAUCCAACCUUGGAUGGCUUCCCUCCUUGCCAGUUUCCUAACCCUUUUCUUGGAAUGUUUUGACCUAAUAGGAUGUGGUUCUCUUAAACCUGUGUAAUGUCAGCCUGGCACUUUAGUAAAAUCUACUGUGUUUGCCACCUUCUAAGCUUAAGCAUACAGCAAGGAAUCAAUUUCAACCUCUUAAAGACAUGGAUUAGUCUAAUGUAGUUUUGCUUCCACUGCACACAGUGUUCUAAUGUGAGCUAUUUAGCUGCAUCCUCAUUAAGAGAAAUGAGAAAAUGAAAUCCUUCCUCACUCAUCACAUAAUAAGCAGCAAUGUUGGAAGCCUAAAGUGUCCUAGACCAGAUAAGAGAAGGUUAAGAGGUGACAUGAUAACCAUGUUAAAGGAUGUCAUAUUGAAGAAGGAGCAUGUUUUCCGCUGUUGUAAAAGACUAGGACACAGGGCAAUGGAUUCAAACUACAGGAAAAGACAUUUCUUCCUAAAAUUAGGAAAACCUUUCUGAUGGUAAGAACUGUUUGGCAAUGGAAUAUUCUGUCUUUGUGUGUGGUAGACUCUACCUUCUUUGGAGGCUGAAUGGCCAUCUGUCAGAAAUCCUUUGUGUUUUCCUGCAUGGCAGAUGCUUAGACUGGGUGGCACUUGUGGUCUCUUCCAACUAUAUGAUUCUGUAAUUCUAUCAUUCUAAUGCUUAACCCCAUACUGACAGGAUCCUAUGAGUUAUUGGUAAAGUAUAAAAUUUGCCUAGCAUUUUUACACUAGACUGCAAGUACUGUUCUUUUUCCUAGCUGUGUAAGGUAAAUCCAGUAGCUUUAAGGUGUGCUCCUGCAGUCAUUCAAAGGUUUACAUACCAGCCAACCUGUGUUGUAUACUUGGGGAAAGGAGCAGCUUUUGUUCUCCCAGACCACUUCCAGUGUACUGACUGGCGGGCCAUGAGGGUGAAAGCUGCUACUUUGUUUGGCUGUGCAAUGCAAGCUGUGUUAGUGCCUGGGUAGAGCCAAGUAGUAGUAAGAGGAUGAGGUGGAAUUAUAUCCUGCUACCUACUGGAUACCCUUACAGAGCCAGGGGGAAAUCAGAGUGUUUUCUGCAAUGUCUUUCCAAGUAUUUCCAAGUUUUCUGCAAUGUCUUUCCAGUGUAAGUAAACAAGAAGAUUCCAGUCGAACUUUGUACUUUAUCACCAAGAGAGCGGAUAUGUAUAUGAAAAUGAGCAAUGGCUUUUUUUCUUCCUGACAACUCCUCUGAUAUGCUUGCUACAAUUAAUCUAGCACUAAACGGGAGAUCAGGGAAACCAUGGACUUACUCUGUUUUUCCCCCAUGGAAAGACAUAGUCUUCCUGCAUGGGACAUAGAUUAGUGCAAAGAGGUAUGUGAUGUUUAACAGUAGAGAAUGAGGCAAUCCCUUCAAAAGAGCUAAAAAAGUAAAUAGCCAUCACCUCUGAUUACUUUUGGGCAUAUUAAAAGCAGCCAGUAGAGAAACUGACAGAGAUAAUCUGAGAAACUUUCCUUCUCAGAUUUUGCAUUAUCAGUUCUUAACAUGGGAGAAAGUAUUUUUCUAUCCCAACGAAGUGUCAGUGGAAAUCCACAAACCCUACAGUGUUCAUUUUUAAGGGAGGGCCAAUGACUGCUAUACAGUGUCUUCCAUAAAACCCUCCCUAGACAGAUGGAGCUCUUUCUCCAGUUAGUAUUUGCUGAAUAGUUUCACCCAGGAUUCCAUUACAGUCAGCUAUGCAGCAGCUGAAGCUUUCCCUAUAACUGGGAAGACUUUUGUUUGUAAAAGUUCGGCCUCUUUAAACUAUUAAAGGUACAAGACUCCUAGUAGAUAAAAAAAGUUUGUAACCUUUCCCCACCCCAAUCCUUGAAAUACCUCUAAAUCUGAGGUUUCAGACUGCAACCCAAGUAUACAGAGUAGCCUACAGUAACUUCCUAUGCAAGAACUUUCUCAUAUUUAGAAACCAUUACCUGAAACAAACUGGAAAGCAGUAGUGAUCAGAAUCAGCUCUCUGAAACAGCUGUAACUUCCAGGAAAAAAAAUGUCUUCAGAUUAUUCUGCCCUCAAAGGAGAACAGGAUUUAAGUGGGUGGGAGAGUCCUUCCACUAGAGAGCUAUUAUAAGUCACCAGAGAGGUGUUAAACCUCAAGAUAUCAUGGGAUCAAGGAGCGACGGACUCCAGUUGCAAACUCCAUACAAAAGCUUGGCUUCUGCUCCAUCCACUGCAACCAGUUUAUUGUUUUGAAUCUAUCUGCUAUCCAUAAAAAGCCAGUUAGCUGUUUCACCAAUGGUGAUGAUGUAUUUGGCAUGUCUGCAUUUUAAUUUAUUUUUAAUGUUUUUUUAAAGUAUGUAUACAUAUAUUUAAUGAAGACUGUCUGUCCAAAGCUGUGCCAUCUUAGGGGAGGGGCUGGAACAAACCAGAGUCAAGGGAAAAAUCAUCACCAUCCAAGUCAGAUCCUGAAGCAAAUGAAAGCAGCCUUCCUACAGCCAGCACAUUUGAUGUUGGAUUACAGCCGCCACUCCAGCCAGGAAUAAUGGAGUUUUAGUCCAGUAGACCUGGAGUACAGUAGAUUGGUUAUGUAUUUAGAUGGAAUUUAGGCAGAAAAAUGUGGAAAUAUAUGGGGAUGAUCUAUAUUAUCUGUGAGUCAUCAGAAGAGACCAGUUGCCUCAACUUGGAAACACACAUCCUACCAACUGUAGUAGGAGUGUACAAAAUCAACUGUGUGGACCCUGCAUCAUUAUAUAAUUUAUAAAAAAGGAGUCUGAGUAAACUGACACUAGUUCUGAAAGUCUAGUUCUGGCAGAUGCAGACUUCUCUGCUUCUCUACCCAGGUGAUGAACACUUGUCACUGUUAUCCAGACCUGGGCACUUGUCAGUAUAGGCUUAGGCCCGUUCUCUGAAUACUGGCAUGGACUCCUCUCCCCUGCAAUAGCUAAGGAGAUUGUUUACAACAGAGCUUAUCCACAAAUGGGUAUGAUUCUUCUCCCUUUUGCCAGGAAAGUGCCAGCGUCUUCACUAGCUACACAGCACAGAGAAAUUUAAAAAGUAAAGAUCCCAACCCCUGUCCACCAGUGCAUUUCCAGGAGAAGGUACUUCUUUUGAAUGUCUACCUGACAACUCUUGAAGAUGCUGAAAACUUAGGGAAGCAACCUGACUUUUCCAUGAGAAGCACAGCUUUGGCCCUGAGGGCAGAGGUGAAGAGGAUAGGGAAAGAGACCUGGUAUAAUUCAGUCCUUUGGAGCAACACAAUAUUUUGUUAACUUCUGAUAUGAUGCUGACUUUUCCCUUGGUACAAAAAGUUGAAGUGUACAGGUAGGGUUGGCAAUGUAAAUAUUAUAGGGUUCACCCCCUUCCCUAAAAAAAUAAAACCAUAGUUCUGUGGCAGGUGGCUCUA